UCACACAACCCCACAGAGGGCUCCCACCCCGGCACGGGACUGUUCUCCCGCCUGCAGACACCAGCACAGGCCCUUGAGUCGUUCCGGGAACACACCAAGGAAUCAGCUCAACUGGUGCCAAGGUGCAGCUGGCUCUGGGGUGGGACAGCCAAGUAAUAGCCUCACCCUGCUCCCUGCAGAGCUGAGCCUCCCAUUGCCAGUCUGAGGCGCUGGAGACGCCUGACUUUCAGGAGAGAGGACCCCCACACCGCUCCCUGCAGCACAGCUCCCCUAGUAGCGCAUAGGGACCAACACUGACGCCGGGAGGUCUGUCUCUGUCCCUGCCCUGCCAUGGCACGUGAAUACUUCACCCACAAGGGGGUACUGUUCCCAUGCCUGGAUUACUCCCCCAAGGAGCUGAGCUACGUGGAGAAUGAAUUCCAGGUGCGGGACGACGACAUCUUCAACAUCGCCUAUCUCAAGUCAGGCACUAACUGGAUGCUGGAGAUCCUGAGUCUGAUCCGUUGUGACGGGGACCCCGGCUGGGUGCGCAGCGUGCUGAACUGGGAGCGGGCGCCCUGGGUGGAGAGCCAGCUGGGGCUGGAGGCUGCCCUGAAAUACCCCCCGCCCCGGCUGCUCUGCUCCCACCUCCCCAUCCAGCUCUUCCCCAAGUCCCUGCAGCGCUCCAAGGCCAAGAUCAUCUACACCCUGCGCUGCCCCAAGGACGUCCUGGUCUCUCUGUACCACUUCUCCAAGCUGCUGCUCCUAUUCAAGGACCCUGGCUCACUGGACUCCUUCCUCGAGGACUUCCUGAGCGGGAACGUGCCCUACGGCUCCUGGUUCGACCACAUCACCGGCUGGAUGGGGCUGAAGGGCAACGAGAACUUCUUCUCCAUCACCUACGAGGAGCUGCAGCAGGAUCCGUGGGGCAGCGUGCAGAGAAUCUGCCACUUCCUGGGGAAGGAGCUGAGUGAGGAGCAAGUGGCCGCGGUGGUGGAGAAUGCCUCCUUCCAGAGCAUGAAGGGGAACAAAAUGUCCAACUACUCGCAGCAGAGGGACGAGUUCAUGGACCACCAGAACGGGGAGUUCCUGAGGAAAGGGAUCUGCGGCGACUGGAGGAACCAUCUCUCGGAGGCACAGAGCCAACGAUUCGACACCGUUUACCGGGAGCGGAUGCAGGGUCUGGGCAUGACCUUCCCCUGGGACUGACAGCCCCGCGCCCGCCACAUCUGCACCCGCAAUACACCGGCCCUGUGCCCCCCACGUGCUGCUGCUCUUCCUGUACCCUGGGAGAUGCCUCCUGGGGCCGCAUCUCUGGGCUGGGGUGUGUGACCAGCAGGGGGCAGCACCCACCCAUGGGGCAGAUCUACAUUUUUACUAAUACGUGUGAACAAAGAACAGACAGACACUGUAAAUGUUGCUUUUGCCUAAACCCGAUGGAUUUGUUAGUAUAAUGGGAAUAGAGAAGAGCAGUUCAAGUGUUACUGGGCAUGGUGGGAAUGUAUAGGCGAGCGCACACUUGAAGACUGCCUCAGCUCCUUAUCUCAAGGUGAGGUCAAGCAACCAGUUAGGAGGGGCAAGGGGGGCUGGGGGCAGGCGUAAGAGACACUAUUGUAAAGCGCUUUGGAUAAAAGUGCUAUAUAAAAACCCUUAAUACACCUCUACCCCCGCUAUAACACUGUCCUCGGGAGCCAAAAAAUCUUACCGCGUUAUAGGUGAAACCGCGUUCUAUCGAACUUGUGCUACAUAAAAACCCUUAAUAAUAAUUAAAGUUUUAUUGUUCUACAUAAAAAAACACACAACUCAUACUUAAUAGCAGUAGUCUUAACCUUUCUAAGGCGACGGAUGUGCCCUCUCUCCCCUGCCGUGGCCUGGGAAGGAGGAGGGGUCUCUCCCCCACCAUAACAGUCCCCACCCUGGGGCUGGGAAGGAGUGGGCGUCUCUCCCUGGCAGCCGCAGCCCUGGAGCUGGGAAAAGUCUUCUCUUUCUCUGACCGCCGCAGCCCUGCAUGACAAAAAUUCCCCCCUACCCCCUCUUCUCACCCCACUGCUCCCUCCCACCUACCCCCUCUUCUCCCCAAGACCAACACCUCACCUUACAUGUGCAUCUUCUCUAGGGUGCAGGCACCUAAUGGUGGAGCCACACCUGCGCCUUCAUUCUCUCGUGUGUGGCCACCCAAGCGUGCACCUUAGAGGGAACUAUCCACCGGCCACCUCAAUGGAGCUCGGUCCGUGGACCACAGUUUGAGAACCUCUGAAUUAGAGCAGAUGUUCGUUUAAAAUUGUGCAAUGCUCCCUUAUAACGUUGUUUGGUAGCCGCUUGCUUUGCCCACUGCUUGCAGGAAGAGCAGCCAUUGCAGCUGGCUAGUGGGGGCUUGGAACCAGGGUGGACUGGCAGACCCCCAUCAGCUUCCCUGAGUUCCCUGGGGGGCCCAGCAGCCUAUCUAUUGCUGGCAGUUCAGCUGCCCCUCCCCCCACUGCCGUGUGCUGCUGCUGCCCUCUGCCUUGCAGCUGCUCCCUGAGCCUCCAGCUUGCUGUGAGAGGGGUGCUGAUGUCAGCAUGUCCCCCUCCCCCCACCCCCAUACCCCAUCUCCAUAGAGUGGGGGGAGAGGAGGACACGACAGGGCUCAGGACGGAGGGAGCUUGCUGGCAGCAGCUGCUGUCUCAACUUGCUGAUCUAUUUAAAAUGGUAAUGUACUCAGAGUAGGGUCAGCGUACUUAAAAGGGCAAUGUGUGUGUGUGUGUCUCUCUCUCACACAGGGUGUGUAUCUCUGUCUCUGUCUGCCCCACUGUCUCCCUUCCCUCCAUUCCUGCUGCCUUGUAGAGUGUGAGGCUACAUUAACAACAGCCGAGUGCUAGUUCAUCAUUUAGCAGUAAGGCUCCCUGGGAAAUAUCCCACCCUCUGACUCCACCACCUCAACCAAGCUUCACAAUCAUCAUUGCUGUGUACAGUAUUAAAUUGUUUUAAAACUUA